AUCUAAUAGGUUGAGCAAUUUUCACCAGUCUAUAAAUGACAACCAGAAAGCACUAAGUGACGCACAAGUUGCAAAGAUAGAAGAAAUGCACACUGAAAACUUUAAGUUUCAGCGUAAAGGCAACGAAGAGCAGCAUAAAGUGAAUGUGAAAAUUCAUAGGAAGCUGAAAGAGGCCGAGGAUUGUCUCAACGAAUCCAAUGAUACGUCAGGAGCUGUCGCAGGUGCGAAGGGCAAAAUCGUUGAAGGUAUAGACUUAGUUGAGAAGAGGCAGAAAUUGAUAAAAAUGGCGGACAGUUCGCCAUUAGGAUGGAAGUUGGUUGCCGAAUAUGAGAGGAACACAUUGGCCGAUGAUUCAGAAGAUGAAAAGCGCAUGCUGAAAGCAGAAACGAGAGCAGAGAGGAAGGGCAAGAAAGUAAAGAAAAUGGCGCCGAGACGUUUCCAGCCUUAUGACGGGAGCAAGGCUUCGUGGAAUUCCAACGCCAAGGAGCAGGAGUUUUACUCAUCUAUUCGUCAUGGCCCUGGAGGGUCUAUACUACGAUGUCUACGGAUGAGCGAAAGAAGCCAGGGCUAUGUUUUGCAUGCGGGAAACCGGGACACUGGAGGAACGAGUGUCAGGCCAGGGCAAGCAGAGAUCAGCGGGUUUAGGUCUACGCAAGGCGGUUUCAGAUGAAGUAGAGGCAUCGGGAGCAGUUACUAGCAAGCUUCGGAAACUAUCAGAUAGCAUGGCAUCUCAUCUAGUGCAUUCGAGAAGUGAUGGGACUGUUAACAAGUAUUAUUCAACCUUCAAGAGAUGGGAAGAUUUCAUUACCACAGAGGGUGGCAGAGCGAUUCCGGCUGAGCCUAUUCACAUAGCUUUAUACUUGACGAGUUUGAUCGACGGAGGGAAAUCUCCAAGUGUCAUUCAAGGUGCAUUGUAUGCUAUAAAAUGGUUUUAUAAUUUGAGGGGUUAUCAAGAUCCUACAGCUAAUAAUUUUGUAAUAAACAUUGUUGAAGCAGCUAAGAGGGAAAACGCUAAGAAAGUGUCUAAAAAGGAUAUUUUGUCGAAUGAGCAGAUUGUUGAUCUUUGCGACAAACAUUCUGGUACUCAUGAUGUUCUUAUUCUGCGUGAUUUAGCUUUCAUUAUUCUUUGUUUUAGUGGAUUUUUUAGAUUCGAUGAGGCCAGAUCUCUAAAAUGCAGUGAUAUCAGUUUUUAUGAUGAUCAUGAUCCGUACACGUUUCAAAGAGUAAGACAGAUCAGUACAGAAAAGGAGAUAAUGUAGUCAUUUGUGAAGGGAGGACAAAUGCUUGUCCUAUUAGCAUAGUUAAGAGGUAUAUGGAGAGUGCAGGGAUAGAUACGAAAUCGGAUCAAUUUUUAUUUAAACCCGCAUAUGCAAAUAAAGGAAGAAAGUUUCUGAUACAUAAGAAUAAGCAAAUGAGCUAUACGAGAACACGUGAAACAGUUGUCGCUCGUCUUAAGGAGGUAAGCGGGGAUUUAAACAUUGGUCUCCAUUCUUUGAGGGCAAGUGGAGCCACGGCAGCUGCCAGGGCAGGAGUAAAUGACAGAGUAUGGAAGAGGCAUGGUAGAUGGAAAGGGGAAAAAGCGAAGGAUGGGUACGUGGAAGAUAGUUUGGGGGACAGGCUCACUGUAUCUCAAGCUUUAAAUUUGUAAUAUUUUUUUGUUACUAGGGAAAUAUACAGUAUAAAACUAGUGACUGAGGUAAAGAUAUUUAUGUUUGAACAAACUACGUAUAAGGUUACGUGAUAUUUUGUUAAAUAAAUUAAACGUUUCAAGUUUAUUUGAGGAACACACUAUUGCCAGCAAUUUUUGCAUAGGUCAGAAAGAGUGCAUAUUUCCUUGAGAAAAAAAAGAAAAAAAAGAAAGAAAAAAAAUCUGAUUCCUUACAAGUCAGCAUAUUUACAAUGGCGUGAAUAAGAUCGGGAAGAUAGAGAUUUAUUUUUUAUUUUUCGUAUUUUAUCUCGGAUUGAGGUAUAGUUAAAUAUUUUCCCCUUCUUUGUAGUAUUCUAGUAGCUCGGCAGGCUAUAUCCCAAAAUAUUGUAUAUUUUGUUAUUUUGUCAGAGUGACAUCUGGAUGUGAUGGUUGCUAUGGGUGAUAUUAUGUGAUAAACGAUGUUAGGAUGAACAUGUAUUUGCCAGCGUUACAUCGUAUAGCUGGCAAAUGUUGUUUAUACGGCCAAUAAGUGGUGAACACUAAUUGUUCUCCGGCAUGCGUGACGGAAUUAUUCAAUUCCGUUGCGUCGAAGGUGUUUCAUUUGAAUAUGAAAAGAGAGGAUGCGAGAUAAGGGUGUGGUGUGUAGAGAGAAGUCAUUCUAGCUUUCCAAGGACCGCACAAUAGCACUUUUUUUUAUAUGGAGUUCUUUUUAAAGAGUGAACUAAAAAAAAAA